AUGAGGACGCCGCUCUCACACUUUCUUUCGGCCCUGCUGCUAUUCCAGGCAUGCGCAGCUGGGCCUGGCCAGCCGCUUACUGACCAAACAACCUCCGGACCAAUCGCCCAUGAUGCAGACCACGAAUUUACGUUCCAGACAGGGGAAGCAGAACCCCGUCCUAUGACUCAACGAGUUGAGAAUGCUUGGGAUAUCCUUCGCGCAGCAAAGAACCCAGUACUUCAACCCGACAAGUCCAGAGGAUUACUAGGGACUGUUGUACACUAUGGCCGCCAAACGGUCCGACUGCUAUUCUUGAAUGCCCCUUCCACCGAAAAGCCCGAACGGAAACUGAACAAACAUGUCGCAGCAGCAGUGGAGGAGCUGAGACUAGCCGCAGACGAAGACAGAGACCCGGAUGCGAUGUUCUUGCUAGCAGAGAUGAACUUCUAUGGAAACUACUCUCACCCCCGCGAUUUCAAAGAGGCCUUCCGCUGGUACCAUGAACUUGCACGGCUGGACGGAAACAACACAGCACAGAACAUGGUUGGAUUCAUGUAUGCGACGGGGAUUGGCGGUGCCGUCGAACCUGACCAGGCAAAGGCCCUGAUGUACCAUGAGUUCGCAGCGGAAUCAGGGAACAUCCGCUCGGAGAUGACACUUGCGUAUCGCUACCACACUGGAAUUGGAACACCAAAGGAUUGUGACCACGCGAUACAUUACUACAAGAAGGUUGCGGAUAAGGCGGUCGAGUACUAUCGCUCAGGGCCCCCGGGUGGCAGGGCUAUGGUUCGAGAAUCUUAUCGUUGGGCCGAUGAAGAAGGUGGCGUCUACGGUCCAGGAGCCAGUGUGUCGAGCUCGGGUCAAAAUGCGCGGGACCCUGCGAACGCCGCCCCAGAGGCCAGCGUUGAAGAUAUCCUGGAGUACUUGGAUCUCAUGUCCCGGAAGGGUGAGCUCAAGGCUACGUACACCCUCGGUAAAAUGAACUUUGAAGGCGCCCGGGGCUUGCCGCGGAAUUUCCGACGAGCCAUGAAAUAUUUCAAGGUUGUUACCAAGAAAUAUUGGAACAAGGAUGGUUCUGUCAACUCAAACCCCCCUGCAGGGCUUGAUAAGCUGGCAUCCAAGGCCGCAGGACAUAUUGGUCUGAUGUACCUUCGCGGAGAGGGAGUAGAGCAACACUACCCGACUGCCCUUACAUGGUUCCGACGGGGUAUUGCGAAUGGGGAUUCUCUAUGCCAGCAUUGGAUGGGUCUCGCGUACCUCAAGGGCUAUGGGGUUCCACAGGAUGGCUUCAAGGCGUCUCACUACUUCAAAGCAGCGGCAGAGCAGGAUUCCCCAGCGUCAGAAUCACGUUUGGGCGCUCUGUUCUUAGAUCAAGGAGACGUGGCAACCGCAACACGUUACUUUGAGCUUGCCGCCCGCUGGGGGUGGAUGGAGGCAUACUACUACCUAGCGGAAAUGGCCAAUUUCGGUGUUGGUAGACAGCGGCACUGUGGCGUGGCCGCCGCCUACUACAAAAUGGUUGCCGAAAAAGCAGAGGUCGUACACUCAGCCUUCGCGGAGGCAAACGCUGCUUACGAAUCUGGUGAUAAGGAGGGUGCUCUCAUCCCAUCGAUGAUGGCAGCAGAGCAGGGGUAUGAGAAUGCACAGGCAAAUGUGGCUUAUCUUCUUGAUGAGCACCGCUCUGUGCUCUCGCUCAGUUCUAUUCUUCCAUGGGCCGAGAAGUCCCGCUCCUCCUUGAUGCGCAAUCCAAGACUCGCGUUGAUUUACUGGACCCGCUCUUCGAAACAGGCUAACGUCGACUCCUUGAUCAAGAUGGGUGACUAUUACCUGUCUGGCACGGGUACACCUGUCGAUGCAGAAAAGGCCUCAGCAUGUUACCACAAUGCUGCUGAAGCUCACCACAGUGCACAAGGGUACUGGAAUCUAGGCUGGAUGCAUGAGAAUGGCGUGGCAGUAGAACAGGACUUCCACAUGGCCAAGCGGUAUUAUGAUCUAGCUCUCGACCUCAGUCCCGAGGCAUAUCUGCCAGUGAAGCUCAGCUUGAUCAAACUCCGGAUUCGAGCAUACUGGAAUCGCAUCACCAAUGGAAACAUUAACCCCAUCCGCGAAGAAGAAGACUCGAAGCCCCGCCGGACCUUCAAGGAAUGGGUCAAGGCUUUCAUCGAGAACGACGAGGAGGGAUAUUACGAAGAUCUUUACGAACAACAACGAGGAGAGAAUGAUGAAUAUCGUGGUUUGGAAUCUGAAGGCCACGAAGAUGGCUACUAUGACGAUCUGGACCUUGAUAUCGACGAGGGAAUGCUGGAGGGUCUCCUCAUUGUCGGAUUGGCUGCUACGCUCUUGAUUUUGGUUUAUUUCCGUCAACAGCAGCAGCGCAACCGACAGAAUGAGAACGCCAAUGCUAAUGCUAAUGCUAAUGCCAAUGCCCAGAAUGGAAAUGGGAACGCCAACGACCGUGGAUUAUUCCCUCAGCCUGGUGACCCUGAAUUUGGGCAAUGGGUAGCAGGAGGACCGUUUAAAUCCCCACUACGCAGACCUGAGCCAACGAACACUGACGACACACCAUCCAAGUCUGCUGCAUCCAUGACUCUGGAUGACACAAAAGUCCCAGCGACUCUUACCACUGCAGAGUCUGGCACAAUGUCAAACCCACCAAGUCUGACGGCAGCUCCAGUAUCUCCUAAGCGAAAACGCACGCUACAGCUCUUUUCCCCAUUUCCAUACCAGACCUCUGACCCAGAAGUCCUAGAACUGGAAAAACAGCACCGGGCCAUCAAGUCAAAGGUCGAUGCACUUAUAAGCAAACUCGAAAUCGCGACUCAGGCCCGGGAUCUCGAGACGAACCCCAGAUACAUCGAGAUUCCAACUCUCAUUACCAAAUGGCGGCUUGCUAGUCAGGACGCAGCUGAUGAGGUAUUUGUCGGUGCCAAGGAAAGGGUUAACAGCAUGGGAGGACUGGCGGCUUGGAAAGAGCAGACAAAGCGCAGUGCAACUCAGUGGGAGUUUGAUGAGGAGAGUGGUGAGCGGGAGCACAUUGACGAGGACGAGAGAGAUGAUACCUAUGAAGCUGAGGGUCAUAGUGGCCAUCUGACUGACAGUGAGGAUGAGACGUUCACGAUGGAUUUCAUGCUCAAGAAUCUACGUAUCCAUCCUAAGUUGAUUGGAUACGACCGGAAAUGUGAUCAUGCCAAACCUUCAUGUGGCGAAUGUCGUCGCAAGGGUGCCGAAUGCUUGCCAGCUCGGUCUCGGAAAUCAGGAGAUAACAUCACAAUCCCACUGGAAUAUUUGAGACAGCUCGAGAGACGGGUUGCAGAGCUGGAUUGUGGAUCCAGCGUUACAGAAACAACGGUGGGAACAUGUGAUGCUGCAGUCCAGACGGAUUUUGGCGACCCAGAACACAGGCCCAAUGAUCAACGCAAUGAUCCAGACUACCUGAUGGCUGAUCAGAAUACAAGCGGAGCAGAGAAUAGCUCUCUCAUACUUCUGCCAGACUUGCAGCACAGAAGCCAAAGAUCACCUCGAAUAUCUCCCCCAUCUUUCUCGCCUGACGCAUUCUCUUUAUUCCCGGAGACGACUUUCGAUGUUCCAUGGAUUGACCUGGCACCUUCAUAUCCGUUGACUGAUGAUGACUCUCCUUGGCUGAAGGAGCUCUACACAAAUGUGUAUUUUUCUGUGACUCACCGCGAAUGGCCUUUCUUGAACGAAGCAGCUUGGAAAUCAUGGCAUGCCGAAGCAGUCCUGGAUGGAGAGGACGAAUGGAAAGCUUUCUUUUUGCAGAUGGUAUAUGCUAUUGGUGCAUCCCUUUGCAGUAAUCUACAGCGAGAUCCCUCGCACUCCGUCCGAUCAAAGGGAUAUUAUGCCUCGGCCAUGACAUACUAUCCAUAUGUUGUCGGGCAUUCGUCUAUGGUCUUACAAAUCCAAGCUUCACUAUUCAUGAUACUCUAUGCUAUGCAUUCUCCUUCCUCCGAGGAUAUCACAACGAGCGUCUCCUCUGUGUUACCUUUCUGUACAGCUACCACGACAGAGAUCCAAAAGCACGUAUCGACAUGCCGUGACAAUGGGUUAAUGACCGAGCCCAUCGAAGUUCUGCCUGAGAACAUGUUUAUUACUUGCUACAUGCUUAACGAAAUCAUUGUCUCUGGGUGGGAUCGACCAGUAUCAGCGGCCUACAGGGCUAUUGAUGAUGAUAUGUGUACUCUGGGAGACACCCUCCAGCCCACUUUAAGUACAAACCCCGCCAUAAGGCACUUGUUUCGACUGCGCAAGAUCCAAGCCAGCAUUAGAAGAUCGCGGGAGAACCGGCCCCGAAAUUUCCUCGCCAGAGAUGGGAAAGGCUACACCUCCUCAUUCAAGUCUGCUCUUGAUAGGUGGCGACAAGAGAUUCCACACUAUGAAUCAGACAAUGAUCAACACGGCUAUCUCCAUCCUAUCUGGAUGCGGAAGCUGUAUGUUUACAGUCUCUUGAUCUUGAUGGAAGAGAAACGCGAUUUUAUCGAAAUGGAUGGAACGGAGGAUAUCCUCGUGACAAUUGCAGAAGCCUGUCUCAAUUUCCGGCUGUUGCAGGAAGAAGGACAUGUUAUGUGCUUUACCUGGUCUGCACUUGUAUUCCAAUUCCGAGCAGGAAUCAUGAUGCUUUACAUUGUCUGGGUAACAGCUCCUGUCUCUGAUAUCCGGAAUCAACAGCACAUCAGACAGGCCAUUGCUACAUGUGCAGCUAAUCUGGGUGGCUUUGUUGAUCGGUGGAAGGAUGCAAUGCCGUAUAUGAAUGUGCUUGACUUCAUACGACAGAAGAUCAUGUGGGAUUCGGGCACAUUUGAACCCAAUACCAAUGCUCCUGUAUCAGUGGAAGAGGCCGAAUUGCACUUGGAGCAGUUGAGGAAGAAUUAUUUGCAUCGAGCUGUCUUGGGAAUGAUUGAAGAUAUGAUGUAUGGGGGAAGUAUUCAUCAGGACUUGUUAAAUGAUGAUUUAAAACAGAUAUUGUAA